AUGAUACUGUAUGAAAAUUGCGAAAUAAUACUGAGUGUCUAUUUAUAUUUGAUUGUCAAAAUUAUUUGUAAUAUCGUAGCGAAUUGUCGAUUAUCAAUGUUCAACAAACAGCCGACAUUGACAAGUAUUCCAGAACAGAUAGAGAAAGAAGAAGAAAUCAUAAAAUGGGUACCGAAGAAGAAACAUGAAGUUCUGAAAGCGAAAUAUAAAUGUCUAAAGAAACUCUUUCAAAUAUAUGAUGCAAGUGUCAUAGGGAUUUUACCGCAGAAUUAUCCGGAGCAACAAUUCGAUGAUGAGAGAACCCAUAGAAGAAGGAGAUCUCGCAGAACCAAGACUGACGCAUGCGCUGGAACUACAGAAGUGUCCAGCGGUGAUGUAUCAAAGACUGAAGCGGCUACAGUUAUAAACGAACUAAAGUUAGAUCUAAACACAUCUUCACAAACCGUUAAAUCUAAUUCAUCAAUAUCAAAUACAAGAGAUGAUAAAAGUACUAAAGAUUCAAACGACUCCUCGAUUGGUGACGUAAGUGACGAACGUUCGGUAAGUCGGAAGAAACCGACUCGUUUCCAAAUUUUUCUGCAAAGAAUUUUAGGUAUAAGGUGCGACAAAAAUGAUGGCUAUGGUGGAAGUGAUAAUAAUAUUAUGCGGGAAAGGCGGCGGCGAAAUGGUCUACGAUUUCGAAGAUUAAGGCGUUCGAGGAAAGCGAAAUCCGAUAUAGCGUUAAGGGAUGGGAAGGAGCCAGUAAUUUUAUCUUACGUGCAAUCUAUUCAACGGAGUUAUUUGACUAAUACAACGCCACGACAUUGUCCCAUGGUUGGGUGUAGAAAAAUAUCUUACGGUAUAAUAAAGUACAAUGAUCAUCUCAACCUGUGCCACUUUCCGGAUCGGAAGUAUGUGUGCCAUUAUUGCCAUGAAGGUUUUACUAAAGAGUAUGAAAAGGUCUUACAUGAGAAUGAACACAUUGGUAUAAAUAAAGUAAAUGCUCAAGUUACUUCUGCACCUUCUACUACAAGAUACACAACAAAAAUAGCAAGCAACACCCAAACUGAGCCAGAAAUACCUAAAAUCGAUGUACCAGAAGAGAAAUUAAAGAAAAUUGUUUCGUUCUUCGACAAAAUCACAGACCCUGAAGUUUUGGCAGAAAUUAAGAAUCGAUCUUCAGGGACAAACAUUCAGACUUCCCAGAAUUCUUCAAAGUCUGAAUCUCAAUCUGAAACGACGAAAUCAGAUGUAAGUUCGAGUCAGAAGACAAGUUCUGAAAAAAGAGGCUCAAGUUGUGCCCACUUCCAUAGAGGAAGUAAAACUUCUUUUUAUUCAGACCUAACUCCAAAAUACGAGCCAGUGAGAUGUCAGCUGUGUGGGGAGAAUUUUGAUCACAGACGACAACUCAGUCUACACAUUGACCUCGAGCAUCGUAUAAACGACAAAUUUUCAAAGUUCCACAGCUGUGCAGGCAUUAUCAACCAUCGUCGUCCGGAUCACAAAAUGAUACACAACACCAAAAAUUCGGAAACAUCCAUAGAAACAACGAAUAAAUCCUCAGAAAACCUAAGUUAUGAUCCAUCUACGAAUAUAGUCUACUAUACUUCAACUGAAUCAGUAGUGCCGAUUAAAGAUUUUGAGAGCUAUGUUGGUGACUUUCGUUCGUCUAAGGAUUUCAUCAUUCCUGACCCUGUCACGUAG